UUGCUCUCCUGCAGCAAGGGAGCAUCAGGCAGCAUGACUUCACAGCGAUGGAUGCUGGCAGUCUGCUUUUCACUGGCCUCAGUUUUAGGGACAGCUGAAUCGGUCACAACAACAGAAACUCAGAAACACACUUGCAGGACAUUUGGCAGCGGGGUUGUCCAGCCUUUCAAUGGUUCAAGUUUCUACGUGCGCUCCAACUGCCCGUUCACUCUCACCCGCUUCACCCACAACCGGGUGGAGUGUGACAUCACCACACGGCGGGACGACAGCGGGCUGCUGGUCCAAGUCGAGAUCAUUAUCAACAAAGUCAGGACUGUUUUGACGAAUGGAAGCAUCCUGGUGGAGAAGAAAAGCGUUUCCCUUCCAUACGACCACACCUACCAGCACAUCUUUCAGUACGGCAUCUACACUAAACUGAGGAGCUCGCUGCUUCCUCUGUCUAUCACUUGGCACAAUGUACCUGGAGGAAUAGACACAGCGUGGGUGGAGGUGGAGCAGGAGCUGAGUGCUGACAUGACCGGACUAUGUGGGAACAACCAGGGCAACAAGCAGCAGUUGAUCACAGAGAGUGUGCUUGCUGAUGACACAUGUCAAACCCGAGAUCCUGUCUCCGUUACAAAUCAAGUCUGCAGUCGGUUCAUGUCCUACGUCAUGGAUUGUUUGAAAGAUAAGAAUCCUCAUUAUAGACAACUCUGUGACAAGAACACUUACGGCUAUGAAAAAAGUAAAUACAUCGGCUGUGCUUUCUUCAAAGAAGUUGUCCAACAGUGUGGAAACAGCAGCUAUGUCUGGACUAGAUGGAGAUCUGAGACAGCAUGUGCGGAACAGAUUUGUCCUGGAGACCUGGUUUAUGUAGAACAGGGUCUGGCCUUUGUUCCCAGCUGCUCCAAUCCGAACCCCAGAUUAUCCAGCCAGGAUCUCACCAGCUCCUGCGUCUGCCCAAACGGUAAGGUGCUUAAUGAUCGUGCAGUUGGCUUCCACUGUGUGAGUGUGUCCAGCUGCCCCUGUGUGUUUGCUGGAAAGAGCUACUCAACUGGAGAUGUACGUGGCACCAAGUGUCAGACAUGUACGUGUGACAGAGGCACAUGGCAAUGCUCUAAAAACUUCUGCCCCAACAGAUGUCUUAUUGAAGGGCCGUUUGUGACAACAUAUGAUGGCAAACAAUAUGCCAUCCCUGGUAAAUGUUCAUACUUGGCCUCACAGGGUCAAGACUGGCAAAUAAAAAUUGCAUUUUCCGAAAAGGCACCCUCUCUGAAAACAGUCAUUCUUGAGCUUAAGAAAACACAUGCGUUGUAUACAUUCUCAAACAACAUUGUUACAUUUGGAGAGGAGGAGAUUACUGAACUUCAUCAGUCUGAUCAAGCUCUGGUUUUCUGGCAGUCGUCCAUGUACGUCCAUGUCCACACACCCUUUGGUUUGAAGAUCCAAGUCCAGAUGUCUCCUGAAAUCCAGCUGUAUAUCACUCCACCCAGAAACCACACUGGAAUUAUCUCAGGUCUUUGUGGCAACAACAACAAUGACUCCACAGAUGACUUCACCACCAGCAACAACAUCAUUGAGAACUCUGCUCAAUUAUUUGCUCUGUCCUGGAGUAUGGGUGAUUGUCCACCGAACAUCAACCCCUGUGUCAACACAGACAAUGAAAUAUUUGCUGGUGAAAAGUGCUCGGUGUUGAGCAACCCAACUGGGAUAUUUGCUGAGUGCCAUGGUCAUAUCCCAAUUGAUCAUUACCACAUGGCUUGCAUCCAAAGAACAUGUAACUGUGACAGCAGUCUACAGCAGUGCUUGUGUGUUGCUCUGGGCAGCUACGCCAAAGCCUGCGCCAAUCUGGGUGUUGUAGUUGGUGACUGGAGGAAAGCUACCAACUGCACUCUGACAUGUCAGAAGAACCAAGAAUUCUCCUACAACAUGCAAGCUUGCAAUCAUACAUGCCGCUCCCUGUCUGGCCCUGACCCUCGCUGUGGGCUGGACGAAGUGCCUGUGGAGGGCUGUGGCUGUCCGGAGGGAACUCACCUGAACAAAGAGAACGUCUGUACCCCAAAGACGGAGUGUGUUUGUCACCACCAGGGGGGUACAAUGCUUCCAGGGUGUGGGGUUAUCGACGGACGAAAGUGCUGCUGUGAGAAUGGAAAACUGAGCUGUUCUGAAGAUUGUGGGUGCAGAAACGGGAAGGUUUGUGUUCAUUGCUCCAGUGAUCCAGUUAAGACGACUCAGAAAACCUGUGACAGUCUCAGCAAACCAGUGGACACCAGCAGGACCUGCGAGAGUGGCUGUUACUGCCCACAUGACCAGUAUGAGGAUCACCAUGGCAACUGCGUUUUUCUGGACAACUGCACCUGUGUGUACAGUGGCAAUGUGUACCGUGCAGGACAGACUGUCAAAACCAAGUGCAAAACAUGCGUCUGUGGUCGGGGUCAGUGGAACUGCAAAGAUGAGCCUUGUCCUGGGAAGUGUCAAGUUUACGGAAACGGACACUACCAGACUUUUGACUCCAAAUGGUACCGCUUUGAUGGACACUGUCAGUACACACUUGUAGAGGAUUACUGUGGAAUUAGAAACGGUACCUUUUCUGUCAGAGUUGAGAGUGUACCCUGCUGUGAUGAGGCGCUCACCUGCUCUCGCUCCAUCAUCCUCGACCUGCAGGGAAUGGUCACCCUGACACUGAGCGACAUGAGGGUGACCAGACACUACCAUGAUGGCUGGACUCCGCAGAAAGAGUCAUUUUUCUCCACACACACUGUCGGACUCUACAACAUAAUCUCAGUGCCAAGUAGAGGUAUAACUCUGAUCUGGGACAAACACACCCGCAUCACCAUAGAGCUGCAAGCAAAAUGGAGGAACCAAGUGUGUGGCCUCUGUGGCAAUUUUGACUCCAAUGAGAGGAAUGACCUAGCGAUGAGUGGCUCAUCAGUGGCGUCCAGUCCUCUGGUGUUUGGCAACAGCUGGAAAGCCGCCACACCUCCUUGUUCUGAUGUGACCUCUGAGAUAUUUCCAUGCGAACGCAACUCCUACUGCUCAGCCUGGGCCCAGCGGCGCUGUAUGAUCCUUACAGGAGACAAAUUCAGAGACUGCCAUUUAAAAGUGGAUCCAGAGCCCUACUACCAUGCCUGUGUGCAGGAAGCCUGCUCCUGUGAGUUUGAAGGGAAGUUCCUGGGCUUCUGCACAGCCGUGGCAGCCUACGCGGAAGCCUGCAGUGACCAGGAUGUGUGUGUAAACUGGAGAACACCUGAUCUGUGUCCUGUCUACUGUGACUACUACAACGAGCAGGGUGAGUGUAGCUGGCACUAUGAAGCAUGUGGUGAGAUGCUAACCUGCAGAGAAGGCAAAUACAUCCCUCACAAGCUGGAAGGCUGCUACCCCAGAUGUUCGAAGGAGGCGCCAUACUAUGAUGAAAAUACUGGUGAAUGCACCACAUUGACAAACUGCACCUGUUAUUUUAAUGACACCAUUAUCCAAGCUGGAGUAGUGUGGCAGAAUCAAUUUACUAAGUGCCGCUGUGAAAAUGGAACAAUUAAGUGUUCUCAAUCAUCAACUCCUGAACCAAAAACUUCCACCACACCUGCCUCAACUACCACUAAACUAACUGUGCCAUCUACCACCACUAAACCAACUGUGCCAUCUACCACCACUAAACCAACUGUGCCUUCCACCACCACUAAACCAACUGUGCCUUCCACCACCACUAAACCAACUGUGCCUUCCACCACCACUAAACUAACUGUGCCAUCUACCACCACUAAACCAACUGUGCCUUCAACCACCACUACAUCACCUACAAUCACCUCUACUCCAGUGACGAAUAUUACCAAUCUGUCAACUGUGCUUUCUUCCACCUCUAUACCAACAACUACAACUGGUUUAACUACGACUGAAACAUUAUCAACAACAGGCCCCUUCAUAUCUACACCAGUGACGAAUAUUACCAAUCUGUCAACUGUGCUUUCUUCCACCUCUACACCAACAACUACAAGUACUUCACCUACCACUGAAACAACUGUUCUUUCCAGCACCACUACAACAAACACUACAACUGAUUUAACAACGGCUGAAACAUCAUCAACAACAGCCCCCUUCAUAUCUACACCAGUGACGAAUAUUACCAAUCUGUCAACUGUGCUUUCUUCCACCUCUACACCAACAUCUACAAGUACUUCACCUACCACUGAAACAACUGUUCUUUCCAGCACCACUACAACAAACACUACAACUGAUUUAACAACGGCUGAAACAUCAUCAACAACAGCCCCCCUCAUCUCUACACCAGUGACGAAUAUUACCAAUCUGUCAACUGUGCUUUCUUCCACCUCUACACCAACAUCUACAAGUACUUCACCUACCACUGAAACAACUGUUCUUUCCAGCACCACUACAACAAACACUACAACUGAUUUAACAACGGCUGAAACAUCAUCAACAACAGCCCCCCUCAUCUCUACACCAGUGACGAAUAUUACCAAUCUGUCAACUGUGCUUUCUUCCACCACUACACCAACAACUACAACUGGUUUAACUACGACUGAAACACUGUCAACAAAUAACUCUACCACCACAUCUACAACUAGAAUGAGUACCACUUCAGUGACAACUGCUGCCUCAACACAGCUUACAAUGAUAACAAAUGGCACAGAAUCUACUGCAACUGAGCUACAGACUGAAUCUCCUAGCACUCUGCUUACCACGUCAUACACAACAGACACAACUAAGCCAACAACAAAACAUACAGAGACAACAGCAACAACACUUCAAUCAACAACCACCUUUGCAACUAAUGCUACACCUACUGAAACCUCAGGUCCGACUGAACUAACGAGCACAGAAGUUUCCACUGAAACAUUUACCUCUUCUACACAUUCAACCACUCAACCUACCACCUCCUCCGAAGCAACAACAACAACAACUAAAUCUACGCUGAUGCCACCAACAACAUUUACCACCAAGGUGGCUACAACCAAUGCAACUACCACUGAACUGACGACAAGAACUGAUGAUGAACCAGGCACAACAAUGACAACGUUAGAAAUAACAAACCACACUUCAGUAGCCACCAACCCAACGGAGACUACAAUAAAUGUUGAAACGGAAACAGCAGUCACAUCAACAUUCCGCACCACACCUCAAUUGUGUAGUGUGUGUAAAGACCUGAAGCGGAACAAAACCUGGUGUGACGGUGAGAAGUGGACAGAGGACUGCUACGAUAAGUCCUGUAGAAAUGGAACAAUUGAGUCGACUCCAGUGGUUUGUCCAGAGUCUACAAUUCCCAUCUGCCCCAGACAACUGACCAUAAAAGUGCAGGAUGGAUGCUGUGAAACAUGGAAGUGUGACUGUCGCUGUGAGCUAUAUGGGGAUCCCCACUACAUCUCUUUCCAAGGAGUAAACUUUAAUUUCUUAGACGACUGCACCUACAUCCUGAUGGAGGAAAGGUCACCACUCCAUAAUCUGACCAUUGCUGUUGACAACUUCGACUGUGUGCCAGGCAUUGAAGGCUCCUGUGCUAAAGGCAUCAUCCUGAAAUAUCAGAACAGUACUGCUACACUCACUAUCAAUCCAGAUUUGUUUGCAGUACAGGCCACUCUGAACAAUGCCGCCAUAAAGCCGCCAUAUGAGACACCUGGGUGGAGGUUUGAGACCACGGGGUACAUGGUGUCUAUCUACCUCCCAGAGAUCCGCUCUUAUGUCUCCCUCAGUCCGUAUUAUACCCUGGUGGCCAGUCUAGCCAUGGAGCACUUCCUCAACAACACCCAAGGACAAUGUGGUGUAUGUGGCGUUGGAUCAUGUGUCCGUAAAGGAGGCCAGAUUGAGGACGACAGCUGCUGUGAUAAGACGGCCUAUGACUGGGUUUAUCCUGACCCGCUGAAGCCAGCCUGUGUUCCACCAAGGAACGUACCUUGUCACCCAGUGACCACUCCACCACCCACUAACACCCCCACUGUCACCACCUCCUGUCCUGGGAGCCGACUAUGUGAGCUGCUAAACCAUCCAGUCUUUUCAGAAUGCAGGACGUAUGUGAAUCUGAUCCUUAAGAAGAGCAACUGUGAGUUUGAUUCAUGCAGGAGUGGCCCUUGUUCUUCACUAGAGCAAGCUGCUGACGAGUGCAAAAAUGCUGGUUUCUGUGUUGACUGGAGAAAUCUAACUAAUGGAAGGUGUGAUGUGCCGUGUCCAGAAGGAUUGGUUUUCAGAGAAUGUCAAAACAAGCUGGAUGACGUCUGCGAUGGAAGAGCACUUUAUCCAGGAGCCGUCCUUGAGAAGAACGCCAUAGGCUGUUUCUGUCCCAGCGGCCAGUUCAGGGCAGGACCGUACUCAAAUAUCUGUGUGUCUGACUGUCCGUAUUGUAAAGGACCACUUGGUGAGCCCAGACUGCCUGGUGAGGUGUGGCAGUCCGGCUGUAACCUGUGUACAUGUAACAACCAGACUCGGACAGAGGAGUGUCUUCCAAAACCUCCUGAGCCAGCUCCCAUAUGUAGCCCUGAUGCUGUAUUGGUAAACACCUCUUGCUGUGGUGAUCAGACUUGUGUUGAGAAGACAUGCAGAUAUCAUGAAAAAACAUACAAGGUGGGAGACAGAUGGAAGGAUGCUGCCCAUUCCUGCAUUUCAUUCAGUUGCAGCAAAGAGGGUAUUAAGACUGAGACUAGAGUCUGUCCAACAGAAAACUGUCAGGAGGAGGACAGAAUUUGGGAUGACGAGCACUGCUGCUUUACAUGUAUCCAAAGCUGUGCUCCGAAGGUGACCAGUAUUAACGUCACCGUAGACAACUGUACCACCAUCAUGCAGAUGCCUGCGUGUCAGGGCCAAUGCAUGUCUGAACCCAGGGUCGUGUUACAGGGUGACCUGCAGGUGGAGCAGAAGCACAGAUGCUGUCGGGAGCGGAGCUCCGAGAGGAGAUCUGUGACCCUGCAAUGCUUCGACCUCACGACCAGAUUCUUCUCUUACAGGCAUGUCACCAGCUGUGAGUGCAGAGGCUGUGGUGACCAGUGCUGAAAAGUACUGACGGCACAGGCCAGAGCCAAGAAUAAACAAUGCUGUAAUGUGUCCAUUAGAUUUCCAAAUCAAAUUCUAAUGUAUUCAGAUUUUAUAGAUUUCUAAUAAGAAAAUAAAAUUAAUCAUUUACUAAUCUCCA